AUGGGUGAUCGCAGACCCGGCGGCGGCGGAGGUGGUCGCAAAGUGCUUCUUCCGCCCAUCAACUUCAUCUUCAAGCUCCUUCAGCAACACAGCACUGUACAGAUCUGGCUUUAUGAGCAGCUGGGGAUCCGUAUCGAGGGGAAGAUCCGCGGCUUCGAUGAGUUCAUGAAUCUGGUCAUUGAUGAUGCUGUCGAAGUCAAGCAGCCAGGGAAGGGACAGACUGAGGCCGACGUGAAGGAUCAGAGGCGGGAAUUGGGUCAGAUAUUGCUCAAGGGAGACAACGUUUGUCUCAUUCAAAGUUUGACUUGA